AUGUCGCCCAACUCGGGCAGAAAGUACAAAGAGCGGAUCUGCGUCUCAAAUUCUUUCAACCACGGAGAGCUCGAUAACCUGGAGGUUCCUCCUCUCACGCCGACCAGUAAGGAGGUGCUGAGCCAGGCGGUGAAGGCCAGCUUCUCCGGCUUCGUCCAGGAGAGAAUCAACCAACACUUCCCACAGGAUCCGACCCUGUGGUCUGAGUGGGAGGUGAACCACUGGCUGGACUGGUGUCAGGCGGAGUUCGGUUUCCACUGCCUGGCCUCGGACCUGAGGGGGCUGAGGGGCUGUGAGCUGUGCGGCCUGGACCGGGAGUCUUUCCUGGGCCUCGUCUCCGACUGCACGGCCGGGGAGAUCCUGUGGGAGCACCUGGACACGAUGAGGAGAGAGAAUGAGAUCGACUUCAUUUCUUCAAUGCCCUCCUACUGCCAGCUCCCAGUCGUCAAAGAAAACUACCCGACGUACACUCAGGACCACUCGGACUCAGACGGACGUGACGUCCGCUAUCAUCCCACCGAGAGCCCCGACCUCCACCCUCUGGACACGGUGCAGCAUCACAGCUACUACCUGGUCAAAGCAGAAGAUCCCAACGGGAACGUCCUGCUGCAGGAGAGAGGAGAGACGGACUCGGAGAUGGAGGCCCGUCACAGCGACGACCCCCUGUCGUGGACCACCCCGGUCCAGGACACGGAGCCGGUGAUAGAGGAGAGCAUGUCUGAAGAGGCCUUCACUGUACCGCAGCAACACAAGAGCUUCAAAGAGUACGUGGGAGACAGGACGGAUCUGGUCAGAGCUGUGAUACCGGCCGCCAUCCUCGCCGGCUACACAGGUAGCGGUCCCAUCCAGCUGUGGCAGUUUCUGCUGGAGCUUCUGACCGACCGAAGCUGUCAGUCGUAUAUCAGCUGGACGGGAGACGGGUGGGAGUUCAAGCUCACGGACCCCGACGAGGUCGCUCUGCUGUGGGGUCGCAGGAAGAACAAGCCCAAAAUGAACUACGAGAAGCUGAGUCGCGGUCUCCGCUACUACUACGACAAGAACAUCAUCCGCAAGACGGCCGGCAAGCGCUACGUCUACCGCUUCGUCUGCAACCUGCAAGGCCUGCUGGGAUACGAGCCCGGGGAGCUGCACGCCAUGUUGGACGUCGGCAACAAGCGAUAG